AUGAACAACUAUUUCCCUCUUCUCAAGUCUUUAAGUCUAUAUGGUGUGCGGCUCUCUAUAGAAUCGUUCUACUUCUUUUCGCUUAACUUCCCUUGCCUUGAAUGUCUAUCCUUUAAACAUUGUUAUGGCUUUGUGGAAUUUGAGUUGUCCCACCGUUCGGUCAAGGAAUUGGAAAUCACGGCUGAGGAACCGUUAAACAGGGUUGCUAUUGAUGUGCCAAGCAUAGUCAUGUUUAAGUAUGAAGGUUGUUGUGUUCCCGAAUCAUUUUCUUUCAUGACAAAUUCCAAAAAGUGGAAAUCGGAUAUAACCUUGCCGCCUGAUUAUUUUUACAAUGAGAACUCACCAAGGUUGGGCAAAGUAGGUCAACUACUCAGGGCAGUAAGCGGAUCCGAAAUCUCUCUAGAUAUUGGGGAGUUCGAUCUAUCUCCACAGUUUGUGCCGGUUUUUAUGGACAAUAUAUUUUGCAUUUGUCGUCUGCGAAUUAUACAAUGGUCUCAUCUUGUUAGACCUGAAUACAUGUAUAUGCUCUACGAAACUUUAAAGCAUAUGUGCAUGUUCCUCGGGAUGGAAAUGGGAGAAUUUGUAAGUGUCCGUCAUUGGCGUCGACAAGAUCUUGAGAAAAUAACAUUUGAAACUUCUGAUGACAACGAGGAAAAAUGGCAUCCUAUCGUUGAGAGAAGUUGGUCCGAAUUUCGGGAUGCAUUAUCAGUCAGAAUUCUGCGCUUGAAGCACCGAAUGCGCUUUCGACUCACUUGGAGAGAAUAA